CUACCAAUGAGCUUACUUUACAUUGGUGGGCAUCUGGCCUUUGCAACGUAAAGAGUCCAUUUUUAGAGAUUUUAUGAAAGAAGAGGAAGUGAAAACGUUUGUAUGAAGUGCCAGCAAGAAUCUGUUAGACAGUCUGUGUAUGAGGCAUCAGAAGAAAGAGUUGUAAUUGAUUUAACCAGUUGUGAGUUGUGCUCAUAUCGAAGUCGCAGUGCUGUGCGGACUUUAGUAAACGUGCCAUGUAAUAAGAGCAAUGUCUAACGUCGCAGCUGAGGAAUAUGCCUCGUCGCUCUCGGAUCUUACGGUGAACAGUAAACCCCUGAUCAACAUGCUGACCAUGCUCGCCGAGGAUAACAUCGAACACGCACCUGCUAUUGUUCAAGCCGUGGAAAAACAUCUCCAAAAGGUGCCGAGUGAUAUCAAGCUGCCUGUUCUCUAUCUCAUCGAUUCCAUCGUCAAGAAUGUUGGACAUGCCUACAUUCCACUCUUCACCCAGAACAUUGUAUCAACAUUCUGCAGCGUGUUCGAAAAGGUGGAUGAGAAGACAAGAGCCCAGAUGUUCAAGUUGCGCCAGACUUGGAAUGAUGUUUUUCCUGCCAAGAAGCUUUAUGCUGUGGAUCUGAGAGUCAGCUCAAUCGAUCCUGCUUGGCCUAUCACUGCUCCAAAACCUACUAACUUGAUACAUAUAAAUCCAAGAUUUCUGUCCAAAGUGGCACCGCAGUCUACAGGUGUUCCUGGUGCCGCUCCAGCUGUUCCUACCGUUGCCGCUGCUGCUGCAGUUAAUGCUGCACCUGCUCCAACUCUCAGGCCUUCUUCACACCCAGCCUUGCGAAGGCCUUCUGCUGUGUCAAGUACUGCUGCAGCUGCUGCUUCAGAAGCUGAAAUGCGUGAACAGCUGCUGAAGAAACAAAAAGAGUUGUUGGAACUGCAGCAGCGAAAACUAGAACUGGAAUUACUUCAGACAAAGGCAAAGUUAGAGGAGCAGCAAAAACAGCUGGAAAGACAAACAGGCAACUUGCAUACAGACCAAGUUCAGCCAGUUGUGGCACCAGUUGGAAAAGAUGCCUUAAGGUCGCAGACUGGAGUUACUGAUGGCAGACAGGUGGCAGUGGCUGCACCUGUUGUGAGCAGCACAGUAAAUGAGAAACUACCAUCUGGCAAGCUACUGCGCAACAAGACUUCCACACUUCCACGGCAGUCACGAGAUCCACGACUAGCACGAACACGUGGUGGUACAGCAGCAGCAGCAGCAGCAGCAGCAGCUGCUGCUGCUUCCACUGCUGGUGUCCCUCUUUCCACUGCACCUGAUAGUGGAGCUCUCACUUCCUCACAACGUAAUAUUAAGGAAUCCCGUCUUGUACGAAAAGAUCCACGGCUAGAAGUAAGACAGCCGUCUCCUUCCACUUCUGCCAGUCAGUUGGAUGUUAAACAACCUUUAGAUGCAGUGGUGCCAACUCCAGCUCCCCAGCGACACCGUGGGUCCCGUGUACCUGUUUCAGCUGUAGUUGCAAAUGGCCGUGAUUCAGCAAGUCGAACAGCCACUGUUACUAGAGCUGAAUCUCCAGCAUCGCUUGUUGUAUCAAACGUAGCAGAGAAAAAUGUCUCUGCAGCAGCCAGCCGUCCAUCUCCAAAGAAAAGGGAGAGGGAAAGAGAGAAGGAAAAAGAGAGAGAAAGAGAGAAGGAAAAAGAGAGGGAAAGAGAGAAAGAAAAAGAGAGAGAAAAAGAAAAGGAAAAAGAUUGA